CUUCGCUUCACUCGGCUGCGAAGAAAGGCGGCGACGCGGCUGACCCGAACGACUUUUGUUGUUUUUCUCUUAUCGGGGCGAGCUACUGAGCUACCGACGAGCUGGUGGCGGAGGACGAGCGUAAACUACCGGCUUGCAGGAUGAAAUACGCAAACAUGGCCGCUCCUGUGAGCAUAGAGGGGCUUCUCCGAGCGGCUGUCUCGGAGGACGCUGAACACCGAGACGACGGUCUGUGCGUGGUGGGCAUCUUCGGCAAAAGCAACAUGCAGCUUGGGGCCCUCAAGGAGUCUCUCGUCAACACCCUGGCGGACAAGCACGUCUUCUCAGUGUUCGGCGGGGCCGACGAGGAGGAGGGGGGCGGCGGCGGCGGCAUCCAGGCGCUGUACUCCCCGGACAACCGCGUCUUGUACCUCCUGCUCUCCUCCGUCUUCGACGGCUGCCAGCUGCUGCGCUUCUGCCGCUCCCCGAGCGCGGGGAGCGGCCACGCCGACGCCUACGACUUCUGGAAGGGGCUGGAGCGCCAGCACUGCCUCCGUUUGCUCUACCUGUUCUCGGUGUGUCACGUCCUGCUACUCGUCCACCCGAGCCACACGUUCGACAUCACCUACGACCGGCUCUUCCGUGCCUUGGACGCCCUGAGGCAGAAGGUGCUGCCACUCACCCGGGCCGCCGUCAGGGACUGCCCGGUGUCCAAGGAGUGGAAGGUGAACUGCCGGCCGUGCCCGCCUCGGCUCCUCUUCGUCUUCCAGAUGAACGGAACUCUUAAGGUCCCCAAUGGAACCGAGUUGGGUAUCCAUCCAGACAAACCCAAGAAGCACUCGCCACGUCGACGCCUGCAGCACGCUCUGGAGGACCAAAUCUAUCGCAUCUUCCGCAAAAGUCGCGUGCUGACCAACCAGAGCAGCAACUGCCUGUUCACCGUGCCUGCCAACCAGGCCUUCGUCUACGUGAUGCCUGCCUCCGACGAGGACCCCGUGGGUGCCCUGCUGAGCCAGCUGCGCUCCAACUGCGUCCUGUGCGAGCACGACUCCGGCGCGCCGGUGUCCGGGCCGCGGCGCUAUCAGCAGACGCGGCGCUCGGCCCGGCAAGCCGCGGCGGAGCAGUUGCCCCCGACGUCGGCGGGCGCUCCGCCGGCCGACUGCAGCUUGAAAGAGUUCCUGUGGCAGCACGUGGAACUGGUGUUGUCCAAAAAAGGCUUCGACGACAGCGUGGGACGGAAUCCGCAGCCUUGCCACUUUGAGCUGCCGUCUUACUCCAAGUGGGCACAGGUGGCGCUGAAGCUCCACCAGGCGCUGGUGGGCGGCGCCGAGGAGGAGGUGGUCGACCUGGCGGCCAAGGUCCAGCUCCAGCUCAAGGUGCUGGACGGCUUCCUCGACGCCGACGCCAAGUUCUCCGAGAACCGGUGCCAGAAGGCGCUGCCACUGGCCCACAGCGCGUACCAGGCCAACCUGCCGCAUAACUACACCACGGCCGUGCACAAGAACCAGCUGGCGCAGGCGCUGCGCGUGUACAGCCAGCAUGCGCGCGGCGUGGCCUUCCAGCGCUACGCCCUGCAGCUCCACGAGGACUGCUACAAGUUCUGGAGCAACGGGCAUCAGCUGUGCGAGGAGCGCAGCCUCUCCGACCAGCACUGCGUUCACAAGUUUCACUUACUGCCGCAGCCAGGAGAGAAAACCGAUGUGGACCACAACCCGCCCAUUCUGAACCACAACAGCAGGGGGCGCUCCACGAGCUCCUGCAACUGCGGAAGGAAGCAGGCCCCCCGCGACGACCCUUUUGAUGUACAGGCGGCAAACUACGACUUUUACCAGGUCCUGGAAGAAAAAUGCUGCGCAAAGCUGGACAGGAUCAACUUCCCGAUCUUCCAGCCGAGCACUCCCGACCCCGCCCCCGCCCCGGCCAGCAACGGGGCACAGCGCCCCCCGUGCGAGGGCGAGGCCGACAGGCUGAAGGAGGCCGGGGCGGCGCACAGCCACACGCCCGGCGACACCAGCCUGAGCCUGGCUCUGAGUCUGGGCCAGUCCACCGACAGCUCGAGUCCUUACGGGGACGGCGACUCGGCUGCCGACAGCCGCGUGCAACAAAAGCGACCCAGUCUGGCCGACCGCCAGCCCUCCACUGUGGAGUACCUCCCGGGGAUGAUGCACUCGGGCUGCCCCAAGGGACUCUUGCCCAAGUUCUCCAGCUGGUCCCUGGUCAAACUGGGUCCGGCCAAGUCAUACAACUGCCACACGGGUCUGGAACAGCCGGGCUUCCUCCCCGGCGCCUCCUUCUUGCUCCCUUGGGACUUGGUGAUCCGCAGCCGUUCGGAGGACGACGCGGCGGAGCCUCUGGACGGGGGCGCGUCCUCGUGGCCGACACCCAACAAGAUGCCAGCGGGGAAGCGAGGCGGCGCGGGCUGCCCGGGGAGGAGCCGGCGGCGGGACGACACGGCGCGGGCCUACGUGGGCUUCGAGUACGAGGACGGGCGAGGGCGGCGCUUCAUCAGCUCGGGGCCCGACAAGAUCGUCAAGGUGCUGGGGCCGGGCGGCGUCAAGGAGCCCGCCGGCAGGGUGCUCAACGGCGACAUGCCGCUCUACAUCCCGUCGCCCUCGCAGGGACGAGGAGUCAAGCCCCACUUCGCUCAGCUGGUGCGACUUUUUAUCGUGGUACCCGACGCCCCGCUUGAGGUCACCCUCACCCCUCAGGUGCAGCCCGGUCCGCCCCCGUGCCCCGUUUUCCACCCGGAGCAGACCGACUUGGCGCUGCCGCCCAACGGCCUUUGGGUGCUGCGCUUCCCGUACGCCUACGCCACCGAGCUGGGACCCUGCUACCCCCCCAAGGAGAACCAGCCCCUCGGCAACUACAAGGUGCUGCGAGGAAUCGUCAGGGCCACCACGACCAACACCCCCCCUCAGUAAAAAACCCGUCACAACCUGCGGACCCGCCGGACAAACUCCCGUGUGCAAUCUCGCACGAGGCCAGCCGGGGGCGACAAUUCACUUUUUUCAAGAACACUGGAUAUAUUUUGCCAUGUUUGGUGUCCAUUAAUCCGUUUAUUUUCAAAGCUUGUGCAAAUAUUUCGUUCUUGAAUCAAAAUCUUUUUUUCGCUAGAAGUGACAGGAAAGUAUCAAAAGACUAAGUACUUUUUUUUUUUGGGGGGGGGGGUUUGAUGAAAAAUUGUUUCCAUAACUGUUUUUAAAAAGAUUGCAAAAUCUAUUGAACUCCAAAGUAAAAUUAAAGCAAACUCUACUUUAGAAGUGAUUCUUUUGCAUACUGUAUGUAUGUAUGUUAAAGACAAUAAAUACAAAUGCAAUCAAAUACAAACAUUUUUCAUGAAAAUUCAAAUAUUAUCCACGCAGCAUGAUGGACUAGUGGUUUGAAUGUUUGCCACGCAGCCCGAAACAUGGAACUGAUCCUUAACGCCAGAGGGAAAAUGGUCGCCUGUCAUUGGCUGACGACCGCUGGGCUCAGGAAGUAAUAUCUCCAAAUAUUGUGCUGUCUUCGUUCAUCAACAAAUAAAAGAUGUAAAUUGAAAAUUCCGUGAAUUCAUACGCGUUACGGGGCAUACGUCUAACGGCUGCUAAUAUAAAAUUGCCAGUUAUUUUAUAUGUUCUCAGGGUUUCUGUUUUAUUACCGAGCACAAUGUUCUUGUGACUCUGAUAAGCAGGCAGGAAAUAGGUCAGCGUUAAACCUUUGUCUCAUUCACACACACACACACACGUGUGUAUAUAACCUGAAGGAAUGUAGCCAAUAAUAAUGCGGUUAAUAACAAAGCUCACCUUUCAAGGUCAUAAACUGGGACCAAAAAAAGCAUUUUUUUCCCCACACAAGGGAUUGGCAGGAUGAAUGUUUUUCGUGUCCAUUUUUUCCCCAAUAUCCCCAAGUAUUUUGCAUCUUGACUCAAACGGUCAAAUCAUAAAGCCUGCAAUUAACUGUUCGGCCAAUUGAAUUUUAACGUUACUGUCACGGGAGUGGGGAAAAAACAAACAUACUCACUACCUUAACACAACUUCCUGUGUAUUUUAUCACCCUUUGUUGUAUUGGCAAAAAAAGUCAUUGUGUUAGCCAUAAAAACUUUUUUUUCUUUUUUUUUUUUUUAAAGGCAGGACCACUAUUUAGCACUGUCUUGGUGACCUUCAGAGUAAGAUUUUCGUAAAUCUGGGCUACUGUUUAAAGCGACAACAAACAUUUUUCUUAAAAUGGCAAAACAAAACAUCACGCCAAUGUCUUUUUUUUUUGUCCUGCUGGAGAGAUUCAUAAGAAGUGAAGCAAGGG